AUGGCAAUUGUUGGCGUCCGUACCUUGGCCAUGGCAAUUUUUGUGAUCACCGGAACUCUGAUGGUUGGUAAUUACCACAGUGUCUCUGCCGAAUCAUGCAAAAUAGAUGUUCCAGGUCUUGUGUUACAAUGUUCCAAAUAUGUCUCCAAAUCGGGCCCGAAGAUUCCUCCGUCGCUGGGAUGUUGCUCGGUGGUUAAGACCAUAAAUGUGCCCUGCGCUUGCAAUCUUUUAACUAAGGAUGUUGAGAAGAUGGUUGAUAUGGAGAAGGCAGUCUAUGUUGUUAGAACUUGUGGACUUGAUGUUCCCAAAGGAAUGAAAUGUGGAAGUAAGAAUUUCCAUCUCAAUUGUUAUACCGUUCCAGAUGCUCGGAAAGAGAUUGUUGCAUAA